GCAGCUUAGAGCAGUAAAUGACCGUCGCCGUGGAGGGGGUGGCCCAGGCCGGAGGGGCGGGGUGUCGCUGGUAGGGGCAACCCGCGUGGGCGGGGUGCCCAGAAGGCAGAAAGUUCCCGCCCGCACCAGUCACAUGGAAUGUUCCUCCCCCGGCAGGGGAUGGUACGGUCCGGCCAGCGCGUCCCGUUGCUAGGGCACGGUCACGUGCACCCUCAUGCCCCCGGAGCGGGACGCGGGAGCUGGAGCGCUGGGCGCCGAUUAAUCGGAAGCUGCCAUGGCCGAGGUAGUCGGGACGGGAGAGGAAAUAGGAGCCAUUUUGGUCCAGGUUCAAGAAGACCUUCACCAGCUUAAGGACAAACUGACAAGCAUCAACCUUGAACAACAUGGAGAGGGUGUGGAUGUUCACGUUCUUGAAACAGCCAUUGAAAGAACUGAAAUUGGGCUGAGAAAACAUGCUGAGAAUUAUUUAAAUGCCAUAAAUAGAAGUGUGUUGACUAUUCCCUAUACUGAUGAAAAAGAAAGAUACUCAGAACAGCACCCCAAAUGGAGGCUUCCUAUUGGUGCUGCUCAGAAGCAGUUUAUUUUUCCACGGGUGCCUGUUAAACCUCUGAUUACCCAGCCGUGUGGCAGAUCAGCAGCACGUAUUUCUCCAGGUUCGCAGCACAAGCUUGCAAUGAAUGUGAAAAUCAUGUAUGAUCCAGGCGACGCCAGUAAUAGAGUUCUUUUAAAACAGAACUAUGGAAUCAGCUUGCCACUUAUUAAUAAGAGAAAAUCAGUUCCUGUAUGCACUCAGAAGAUAGUGAAAGGCCCUACAGUUGGUAACCUCUCGGCUUUGCCUGCCUCUCAUCAGAUGGAUGCUCCCUUACCUAUAUUAGAAAGGGAUGCAAGGAAAGGUAUUCUGAAUCUAAUUGAGCGAAGGCUAAUCCCACCAGCAGCAAAGAUUACACUUGAGUCACCUCCUGUUGUACCCAAAGCAGCUCCUCUCCAUGAAUUUUGCAAACAGCGCAAGAAGCCACCUGUAGGAGGGAUUGGUAGCAAGGUGGACUUUGCUGGUACAGACAUCUUUCCAGACUCACAGAGGGGCCCCGAUGACUCAUAUUGCUCAAACAAAGGUAGCAUUGCUCCACCUCCAUCCAGCAGCUCCAUGGCUUCAGCUAAGAAAUCAAAGCGAUUAUGGACACAACCAGCUCAAGGGCUGGAGUUGAUAAAUUGUGCUUCCCCUCAGCCAAAGAGCCCACAUAUGAUGCAACCUCAGCCUUUACAGAAUACGUUUUUGGAUUAUGAUAUAACUAUUUACAAUGGCACUAUAGAUCAUAAGGCUCCAGAUUUCCUGGCAUUCAAGCAGCACUGUUGUUUAUCCUGGGGAAGUAUUCUUUCUUUCUUGGAACAUGUUGAGAAACUACUCAAGGACUACGCUGUACCAUUGGCUAUAAUAAAGGGUAAGAAAUUGAUGGAGCUCAUAUCGGACUUUGAACUUAACCAGAGGCCUACCAGAGAUGACCUUCUGUCGGUGAUAAAGAACCGGACAACUGUGAAAAGGAUCUUAAAUCAACCUGGCCAGAGAUACAAAGGGCAACAUGGUACUGAAAUGGCUGCCACAAGGAUCCAAGCAACAUGGAGGCGCUAUACGGACAGAAAAGCCUAUAUCCAUUUCAGGCAGCAGCAGUGGGCAUCAGGUGUGAUUGCCAUUUCUUGGCUCUUGCAUAGUCACAUGGCACGUGUAAAAAAGACCCUGAAGGAAUCACGUCAGAGACACCUGGAGAAUUUUUACAUCAGGGCCAAGCAUCUGGCAGCCAACUGGAAUCGCAUCAGGACCUCCAGGAGGACUAUUAUCCAUAUCCCAUCAUUAGGGUAUUCCCAAUGCAUUCGUGAGACUGCUCCUGAUUUUGCUCUUCAGCAGAAUUUGCAGAUGGGGAGGCUGUGUGACAUACUAGAUGCCAACGUUGACGUCAUCUACAUCUGCCCCCUUCAUCUGAGUGAGGAGUUACUGCAGUAUUACAAUAAACUCCUGGGUCUGCAGGCAGCUGUUAGAUCUGGGAACCCUGAGGACAUGGGUGACCUGCAGGACAGGUUCAAAAUUCUCGCCCCUGAAGCUAUAAACAGAUUCCCAGGCCAUCACAUGUGCCUGGCCACUCAGCUGAAGUACAGUCCCAAGACAAUCAAAAGAAUAAAAAAUCUUAUCCAAGGCAAAGAAGCCUACAUCAUUGGUGGACUUCCUCACAAAGAUGAUUUAGCAGUGGCUGACAUGUUAAAUGUGCCCAUAUUGGGCUCUGAGCCAGAAGUAGCUCAUCUCUAUAGAACUAAGUCCGGAAGUAAAAGAAUCUUUGCUAGUGCUUGUGUGCCAACACCUCCAGGAGAAUAUGACAUCUAUAACCAUCAACAGAUGUUUGAAGUUCUGAGUCAGCUGAUCAUAGAUAACUUGGGAGUGAGACGUUGGUUGUUUAAAGUGGACAAUGAAUUUGGAGGAAACGGCACUGCAUAUUGUGACAUUGCCAGGCACCUGAAAUGCUACCACUGGGCCCAGAAGGAAUGUCAGAGAUACAAGACUGAGAUGUGGAGGAAGAAAUGGGCACAUGAGCCAGCUUUGGUGAAGAUCUCCCAGGAGCUCCCGGGCCUUUUAGCACAGCACGCACAGCCAGUCAAUGAGAAACGAUUUCCUACAUGGGAAAAAUUUCUCCAAACAUUUCUUAGUCAAGGUGGUGUGAUAGAAGCCUUUCCACCCUCAGAAAAUGUCACCAACCUUACAGUGGAUAUGUUGAUAGAGCCAAUGGGAGACAUAAAGAUAGUUUCAUCCGGAGAUCAGAUCCACGCAGAUGGUCCUUUGCAAUCAUCUGGCACCACUGUUCCACAGUGUUCAGUUGAUCCAGCAGUUCUUAAUUCAUUAUGUUUAAAAAUUGGAGAGGCCUGCAAAUCUAGAGGGGUGCUUGGCUACUUCUCAGUUGAUCUUGUAACUUUCAUCCACCCGCAAACAAUGGAGCAGCAGGUGUGGGUAACAGACCUUGACCUUUGCUAUAGUGACCAGCUGGCCUUCACUCAGCUCAUGUUGUAUGUGACAAAUGGCAAUCUAGAUGGGUGCUCUAGCCACUUUGAAGUGCCACUUACGUGGAAGAAGACGAAAAGUCAAAGUGUUCAGAGUGAGGAGGCAGAAACUCCAUCUCCAGUAAGCAGCCGCUAUGCAGUAAUGAGCAGUCAGCUGAGGCACUCCAACCUUUCAGUAAUUUACUAUAGUGUUCUCCUCCAAAUAUGUAAGGCUCAUGGCAUUGGAUUUGAUGUCCAGGAAAAACAAGGAACAAUUUUUAUACUGUAUGAAGAUCGCAAGCGGUACAGAUUGGGAAUGAUAACAAUCGGAGAGGAUCUCCAGGGGGUCCUCAUGACCUUUGCUCACAAUCUCUUCAUCAUCCAUCAAGAAAUAUCAGCACCUAAUAUGCAAGGCGAGACCAAUUUUAAGAUAGCAGUUCAAGAUAUUGAAGCAAUUCUUGGAAUUACAGCAGAAAACAAACUGAAAUUUAAAGAGGAAUCCUCCAAAGAAGACGCUCCCCAAGAAUAGUUGACAGAAAUUUUAAAACUUUUUCUUUAAGCCUCUAGGAAAAACUCUCUUUCUCAGGAAUGCAGGAAAGAAAUAACUUACAAGUUUUGUUGUUCUUGUCUAUUAAUAAUUAAAUUAAUAUUAGCUUAGACUGGAAAUUUUAAUUAUUACUGAGUGAGCUUAAAUGAUUAGUAAAAUAGUAACUAAAAUAUCCUUGGUGGUGCAAAAGGAAAUCUUGGUGAAGAACAGAGGAACAAAAUAAACAUUGUCCAUUUUCUUAUCCCUGUCCACCAACUUCAUAUCAUGAAUACUGUAGUACAGCAUGUAUUUUUCAAACCUUAUUGGUAGACUCAUAGUUUUAGAAGUCAGAAGGCACCAUAAUGAUCUUCUAGUCUGACCUGCGUAGCACAGACCAUACAAUUUCACCAAAUCAUUCCUGCAUCAAGCCCAUAACUUCUGACGUCAGCUAGAGCAUCUCUUUUAGAAAUUUAUCCAGUCUUGAUUUGAAGACCACAGGUGGCAAAGAAUCCAGCACAUUCCUAGGUCAUUGAUAAUUACACUGAAUAGCUUUGGUCCAAGAACAGAUCCUUGUGGGAUCCCACUAAAAACAUCUCCAUUGGAUGAUGGUUCCCCAUUUAUAAUUAUUUUUUAUAUCAAUCAGUUAGCUAGUUUUUAAUCAUUUUAAUAUGUUCUAUGUUGAUUUUGUAAUAGUGCUAACUUUUUAAUCAAAAUUCUGUGUGGUAUUCAGUUAAAUGCCAUAUAGCAAUCUACCUAUAUUAGCACAGCUGCCUUUGUCAACCAAACUUGUAAUCUCAUCGAUAAAAGAUAUAUUUAUUUGACAAGAUCUAUUUUCCACAAAACCAUGUUGAUUAGCAUUAAUUAUGCUACCAUCUUUUAAUUCUUUAUUGACUGCAUCCCAUAUCAGCCUUUCAGUGAGUUUCCCUGGGAUCCAUGUCAAGCUAACUGGCCAAUAGUAACCCGUGUAAUCACAUUUAACCUUUUUAAUAUCACCACAUUCACUUUUUUUCAGUCUUCUAGAAUUCCUCAGCUUUCCAGAUUUGUUAAAAUAUAAUGUUUUCCUUUCUUUGUUUUUGAGGAUUCUUUUGCUGCCCCAUUUGUAAAUUGUGAAAAGAAGAUUUUGUACACUCAGAAAUGGUUUGUGUAAGUAAUAUAGAUGGUAAAAUCACUUUUUCUUUCCUAUGCGUUUCUUAGCAUCAGAUUACUUGUCAUUUGCUGUCUUCAGGACAGGAGGGCAAUGGAAAGGGGAAGACCAGUCUCCCCAACCAAGGCUGUAAUAUUUAUCUUGCUGGAAGAUUAUGCUCUUGCUUUAAGUUACAAUUUAUUUCUUCCUGCAGAUUGAAUGCAUUAUCUCCUGAACAUGCCAAGUCUCUACCAUCCUACAGCUAAAAAAUCUCAAGCAAAUACCAAAGCCAGGGUUUUCGAGUCAGUAAUGAAAUUCACUAUGGAACUACAGUAUACAGUGCCUUUCUUUUUCAAAGACAGAUUUAACUGAAAUACUCAAGUGCCAUUCACGAGCCACAGAUCUGUUAACUCUGCAUAAAAUUCUGAUCAGCCUCUGUAUUCUCCACAGUGGUUGAAGAAAUAAAAAUAGAAGUGAGAACUGUAAUAAGAUAUGUUGAUUUAUUCUUCAAAUAAAAUAUAAAUGUAUAUA